AUGGGCAGCAUGUACACAGAACAUCAGAAAGACACCCAGAAAGCUGACUCUGGGAUUACCUCAUGCAGACUGGCUGCCCGUUACCUGGCUGUGCUGUGCCUCCUGUUAGCCGCUGGCAACCUGUUCCAGACCAUCCACAUGGUACAGAUGAACAACACUUUCCAGACCUGGUCGGUGUCCCAGAAGGAGCAGGUCAGACAGCUGGAAAGGAAGUUCAAGGCCCUGAAUCUCACCUAUGCUAGCCUCUUCGUCAAGUUUCCUGAACUAGAUAAAUACUGCCCUGUCACCAACAAGACUUCCCAAGAGCGGAGCUGCAGGCUCUGCCCAGAGGGAUGGGAGUUUUUCGGUGAGAAGUGCUACCUCUACUCUACCGACCGGCAAGACUGGAAGUCGAGCAGCUGCAACUGCAUGUCCUUGGGGGGCCACCUUGUGGCCAUCAAGAGUGAGGAGGAGCAGGUGUACCUGUGGAAGAAGGCCAAGGCUCUGAGCCAGGGUGAUUCUUACUGGUUGGGCCUACAUGACACGGACAGUGGGGCCUGGCAGUGGGUGGACAACACAUCUCUGGCAAACAGCGUACAGUUCUGGGGCUACAUGCAGGAGAGAGGAGACUCUGGAGAGCUCUGUGCUAUACUGUCUCCCGGCGACAACUACAAGAUGGACUGGUACACUUUCCCGUGCAAGAACACCCUGAAGAGGAUCUGCGAGAGGAGGUCAGGAACUCUGCUCUGA